AAUCAAAAUUUGGCUAUGAAAAGAUAUUUGUAUUUUUGGCGAGUUAGUGCACUGCUUUUACAGUUUUUCUUAGCACACUGGAUUUCAUUCAGAAUAUAUCCUCUUUGUCUUUUUUCACUCUUUAUUUAUUCAGGCAUUGUAACAAGAUGCCCUCUUGAAUUGAAGAUGAAGCGAAAGAGAGAAGGAGAGGAAUGGUUCGGAAAGAUAAGCUACCAGAACCAUGAAGAAGAAAUAGAAGACCCUGCAGAUGUGGAGAAAAAAAUAAGAGAAGCACAGGAUGAAAUGGCCGGGGUCGGCGUGGGGAUAAGUGAUGACCUCAUCAGUCUGGAAAUCGCCUCUCCUGAUGUUCCAGACCUGACGCUUAUUGAUCUGCCUGGCAUCGCAAGGGUGGCUGUUAAGGGACAACCGGAGAACAUCGGAGACCAGAUCAAGAGGCUGAUCCAGAAGUUUAUCAAAAGACAAGAAACCAUCAGCUUGGUGGUUGUUCCGUGUAACGUGGACAUAGCCACCACAGAGGCCCUGAAGAUGGCCCAGGAGGUGGAUCCUGAUGGAGAGAGGACUCUGGGUAUCUUGACCAAGCCUGAUCUGGUGGACAAGGGCACAGAAGAGACAGUGCUGGACAUCGUCCACAACGAGGUGAUCCACCUCCAGAAGGGCUACAUGAUCGUCAAGUGCAGGGGGCAGAAGGAGAUCACUGACAAGGUGUCUCUUCCUGAAGCGAUAGAAAGAGAGAAAGCCUUUUUUGAAGAACAUGUGCACUUUCAAACUCUCUACAAUGAAGAUCAUGCGACUGUUCCUAAACUGGCUGAGAAACUCACACUUGAGUUGGUGCAUCAUAUUGAGAAAUCUCUGCCUCGACUUGAAGAGCAGAUUGAGGAGAAGCUAGAACAGACCCGUGCAGAGCUGGAGAGAUAUGGAAAUGGACCCCCAUCUGAAGCAGCUGAGAGAAUCGUCUUCCUCAUCGAUAAAGUGACGGCGUUUACUCAGGACGCCAUCAGUCUGACUACAGGGGAGGAGCUCAAGUGUGGAGACAGGCUCAACGUCUUUUCUACGCUCAGAAGAGAGUUUGGGAAGUGGAAUGCCCACCUGGACCUUUCAGGACAAAAGUUCAACAACAGGAUUGAGAGAGAGGUGGCGAACUAUGAGGAGAUGUACCGAGGAAGAGAACUGCCGGGCUUCAUCAACUACAAGACCUUUGAGGUCAUGGUCAGGGAGCAGAUCAAACAACUGGAGGAGCCUGCUGUCAAGAGACUCAAAGAUAUAGGAGAGGCUGUUAGGAAGGUGUUCGUACAGCUGGCCAUGAGUAGCUUCACUGGAUUUCCUAACCUUGCGAAAACAGCCAAGGACAGGACCUACAGCUGCAGUUUGAGUGACAGAAAGAAAGAGGAGAAUGAGGAGAAUGAUGAUAUCGCCAUACCAAAACACCCCCUACCUUUUGGAUAUCAAAGUCUUGUGUACCGUACGGAUAAUCAUGCUACACUUCAGGAGCUGAUGUUGCACCUAAAAUCAUAUUACAAAAUUGCGAGCCAGCGUCUGGCAGACCAGAUCCCUAUGGUGAUCCGUUACCAGAUGUUGCAGGAGUCUGCUGUCCAGCUGCAGAGGGAGAUGCUGCAGGUGCUUCAGGAAAAGAAGAAUUUAGAGUUCUUUUUAAAGGAGGACGCCGACAUUGGCAGCAAGAGGGCCAAUUUGCAGAGCCGCCUCAAACGCCUCAUGAGGGCCCGUGCAUACCUGGUGGAGUUCUAGAAAAGCCUUUUACCUCCUUUUACAGCAGCAAGAAUGGUGCAUAGGAAUUCUGACCUUGAAUCCGGUCUCAUUUAUUUAACCUCAAUCCAUGCAGAUACAAGGUGCUGUUCUCUUGCUAUGUUCGACUUUAUUCAACUAACUGGCUCAUGCCCUGAGUCUUACUGUGCACUUGGCCCCCCCCUGUGGUUUCACAGGGAAAUUAUGUUUAAAAAAAAAAACCUGCAUCAAAGCAAAACAAGUUUAAAUCCUUGAAUAUCAUGAUUUUCUUUUACAUAUUUGGAUUUUGUAGAUUAAAAAUGAUCAAUGCAAUCAAUUAGCACAUGUAGUCUUUCAUUCUCAGAAGUUCUGAAUUCCAGACUAGUUCGCCACCAAUGAUUAAGACUUUCUUCUUUCAACCAUUAAAGGCAGGGUUGGUAAUUUUCUCCAGAUACACUCUUCUUUAAUAACUUGUUUUUGUAAUAAUUAUUUUAUGAGUGACAUCUCUUGUGUAUUACCAAUGUCAUUUUAGAGGGUGUUUUAUCAGAUACCUAUGGUAAGUGUAUAAUCUCAAAUUGAGUGACACUAACAGGCAUUACAUUUAUACGAACAUACACACACCUAAAAUGUCACCAUGUUGGUUAAUAAAUUGAAUGCACAUGUGAUUUGAGCAAGUCAAUUUUAUUCAAAAACUCAUACAAAAAGUAGUCCUACACACAUGCACAUUUUUUUUUUUUAAAGGUUUGAUUCAUUGUUCUUCAGUCAGUAUCUCCACGACUUCAUUCAUCAUUCCCAGCAGGGCUCCCCUGAUUGUUGUCGUCAUUGUCUGAUUUCUCAUCAUCUGUGACAGACAAAGAAGGUUAGAGAGGUACUUGCAGAUUUGCUUGACUUUACAGAUUAACCACUUAAUAUUUGGAAUUUCUGGAAGAAUGAGCACAACACAAAAAUAGCCUUUCAGACCAACGAGCACAACACAGGGACACUCACUAUCAAGAGUCUGCUGUAGUUCCUGAAUAGUACUGAGUAGCACAUGGAACUGCUUCUUUCUUAACUCCAUCUUCGUAGGAGAAAAAGGAGAUUUCAAAAUUAGAUAUCACAAGCGGUUCAAGAAAUAACAGAUUUGAAUCGUAAGGAAUAGAAUAUAGUUUUAGCCUCACCUUUGCAUCUACAUUUUCCUUGAUUCGAGACAGUUUCUGGAGCUCUUUGUCAAGCGCCUCCAAUUGUCUGUAGAGGAUCAAACAAAAUUAAGUACAUAAUCAUAGACAAAACAGGUUAAAAAAAAAGGAAUACAAAUAUAAUAGAGUGACUUACUUCAGUGUUUCAUGUCGGUCCGGGUGUUGCUGGAUAACCUUAGCUAAAGCAUCAUACUCUGAAAGGAAAUAAUGAAAAUGUGAAUGUGUGACACUAACCACAAAUAAUACAACUCUGUAUUUAUAUUGUUAGCAUUAAAUCUUAACUGAUUGAUACAUUUGGUUUACAACAAGAAUGAAAAAAUCCCUGCUAAACACUCCAAUUCUUUUACCUUCUCUUAAAUCUCAAUCUGAUUUCUCAUUGUUUGGCUUUUGAUGCAUUGUCUCUCCAUCUGUGAUCACUCUUUAAAUCUCCUGGGUAUUUUCCUUUGGCUGUUUGUACAAUGUGUUGUAUACGGUUUGACUUAAAAGUACUUGUAUGAAUUACCAUUGAAUAAACUUUUCGUGAGCCAUAACAUUAAA